GAUUAUAUCCAUGAUUUAUACAGAUGGCAUCGCAAAGGUCCCGAUCCCUUCUGCUUCCCACGUUGGAGCCGGCUCUCGUGAAACCCUCACUGCCCUGGCAAGGGCAAGACGGGUGUCAUUUGCUCUUUCUCCCUUGGUCACAAUACUACGCCUGGUACCGGGGCAACCGGGAGGGCGGGUAGUGCCUACACCAGCCGUGCCCAUUGGGUCCCUCAUUUCCCGGCAGCUUCGCCUCAGUCCCGGCGUCUUCCCUUCCCCUUCCUUAUCCCCGCUCCAGCGCCGACAUUUUAUACCCCGACGGGAGAGGCGAGUCUGGGCUCGAAGGAGCCCUCGAAACAGGCAGCGUACAUGGACGGCGUUGAACGCCCUCUCCUGCCCCCGAUUGACGGGGCCGCAGCAGCAGCGGCUCCCGCCUCCGUCGUCCCUGCGGUCCCCGCUUGGAGACCCCGGUCAGCCAGAACGAUGGCGCCGCCGCCAUCGCCUCCUGCCGUAGGUAAAAUAAAGUGGGAUCCUUAUGAAACAACAAUGAAACAUGAUUUUGUCUUUAUACCUGCAACAGAUCCCGAAGCAGAUUGUGCCAGAGCAGGGAAAGGUUAUGUCAUUCCCUUUCAAGUUGAUGAACCCACUGCAAAGAAUAUUUACAAAGAUGAAUACUGUUGGAAACCUUAUUCUAAAGCAGAACCCAUAAGAAGUGGCUCUGCAUCAGGUAUAAGGAGAAACAAUCCCCAGCCUGGAGAGGUAAGUAUGGAACAUAACAAUCAUUUCCUGAUUAGGCAGAUGCCUCGAGAGGAAACACUACUGCCUACAGAUAGUCUUGCACCUUGGACAAAAACUGUUACUAAACAAGAGAUUGAUGAAGUAUUAAAAAAGCAAUAUAAAACAGCAUAUGCCAGAGAUUAUUUAGGAGUACAACCUGGUGAAUCAAGAGAUGUCGUCGUUGCUGCUCCAGAUUGGAAGCUGGUCCCGAGACCUCCUGAUACUGAAUUCAGACGCCCUUACCAGCCCCAAGUCUAUGACCCUGACUUGAGGGACUUCACUUGGAAAUAUGAAUGCAAUGCAAAGCGGCACAUUCCAGUGAAAGGCACUGUUCCUUCAGUGACACUGGCUCAAAUCUGGAAUCACGAACGCACUAAACAGAUGUCCACGUACCAAAGAGAUUUUGGGAAAGAUUAUCAAGAAAUCAUAUCAGUUUUGAAUUGUCUAGACCCAGGUGAAAUUAAAGCAUAUGUGGACAAAUCUCCACAGCCAGAAAAAGAAAUUCUUCAGAACUUCCUUGAGAAGGUCUAUUGGAAAAAGACAUUACAGAGGCCUCCUCCUGCAAAGAAGCUGGAAGAAAAUCCAGUCAAAUGCAUCUGAAAUCUCUAAGAACAUUCAGCCAUAUCCAGCAUGGUUGAAUCACAGCUGACCACUGUCAUAACUUCCCUUUACAGCAAACCAUUUGAAGAGACACAAGAGUUACUUUAGGCUUCCUUUGAAAUUAUAACAUCUAUAGUAGUACCACUAUCUUACUGAUGUUUAAAUUCAUUCUUAUUGUGAAAGAUGCUGUGUGUCUGAUAAAACCAAAUAAUUUUCCUUCACUCAGUUCUGCUUUCUCUGAAGAUGUGAUUUCUCCACCUUAUAAUGAUUUCCUUGUUAUAAUGCUGUCACAAUUUUAAAUAAAAUGAUAAAAAGGCUACAGUUAUUGAAAGAAGAAAGGAACAUUCAUUGUACCUUUAAUUUUGUUCUCUUGCAGAAAUAAAUUAGUUUC